CACGUCAAAAACUAAGAAGACAAAAAAAAACUUUUUUGAAAUUCAAAACAAGAUGCCUCAGCCGCCAAGAGUGUUAUCGGCGUUAGAUGUGGCCAGGAUACAGUUGUACCAUUUCAAGGCCAUAAUCAUCGCCGGAAUGAGUCUCUUCACCGACGCUUAUGAUCUCUUCUGUAUAGCUCCGGUCUUGAAAAUGCUCGGCGAAAUCUAUUACCACGAAGAUUCAAUCGGAACCCCUAUUCUCUCCAUUUUUUACGCCAUCGCUCUCCUCGGCGCCGCCUUAGGUCAGCUCAUCGUCGGCUAUUUAGGCGACCGACUCGGACGCCGACGUGUCUACGGUCUUUGUCUCAUGAUCAUGGUCUUAAGCUCCUUUGGCUGCGGCUUCUCCGUCUGCACGAGUCGUCGAUCUUGCGUCAUGGCGAGUCUUGGCUUCUUUAGGUUCUUACUCGGGCUAGGGAUCGGUGGAGAUUACCCUCUCUCCGCCACCAUCAUGUCGGAGUUCGCUAAUAAAAAAACGCGUGGGACUUUUAUCUCCGCCGUGUUCUCCAUGCAGGGAUUAGGAAUCUUGAUGAGCUCCACGGUUACGAUGGCUGUAUGCUCGGCGUUCAAGACCGCCGGAGAAGGGAGUCCGGAGAAAACGAGAGCAGCGGAAUCGGAUAUUGCGUGGAGGUUGAUUCUGAUGAUCGGUUCUAUUCCCGCCGCCUUAACGUUUUACUGGCGAAUGCGUAUGCCUGAAACCGCCAGAUAUACAGCAUUAGUUGAGAACGAUGCUAUCAAAGCAGAAAAAGACAUGCAAAAAGUCAUGUCCAUAUCCAAACCAUCUCAAAUAGAAGAAGAUUUACCACAUCCACCACCACCGCCUUCUUCUUCUUCCUCCUCCUCGUACAAACUCUUCUCUCGCCGUUUCUUCAGCCUGCACGGCCGUGACCUCUUCGCUGCCUCAGCCAACUGGUUCCUAGUGGACGUGGUCUUCUACACAAGCAACCUCCUCCUCUCCCAAGUCCUCAAUUUAUCCAACAAACCUACCAGUUCCACAAAUGUCUACGACACUGCCUUUGAAGUGGCUAAGGUCGCAGCCAUCGUCGCCGUGUGCUCCACCAUCCCUGGUUACUGGUUCACCGUUUAUUUCAUCGAUAAAGUCGGUCGUGUCAAGAUUCAGAUAAUGGGUUUUUUCUGUAUGGCCGUUGUUUACUUAGUCGCUGGCAUUCCGUACAGUUGGUAUCAGUCUGAUCGUAAUAAGCCUAGUAAUAAAGGCUUUGUUAUUAUGUACGGACUGAUAUUCUUCUUUAGCAACUUUGGUCCUAAUACGACAACGUUUAUAAUCCCAGCUGAGCUUUUCCCGGCGAGGUUUAGGUCAACGUGCCAUGGGAUUUCAGGAGCUGCCGGUAAGCUUGGAGCUAUUGUUGGUACUGUUGGUUUCUUGUGGGGCACGAAACGCGACGAAGAGCAGAAAGAUGCUUUCCCAGACGUGAGACGCGUGAGGGUCGCGUUUUUGAUACUUGGCGGCGUUUGUAUCGCUGGAGUGUUGGUGACGUACUUCUGCACGCGUGAAACUAUGGGAAGAUCGUUAGAAGAGAACGAAGAGGACGACGAUAUUUGUACCUCGUCAGCACCGGGAUCACCGUCUGCUAGUGAGUUGCCGAGAAUUACAACGCAAGCAAUCGACUUUUGAUAUUUUCUCUCUUAUUUUCCUUGGUUUAUAAAAGCAUGAUUAUUAGGAGUUCUUAUGGUGGGGUUCUUAACGGAAUAUAAAAACCCGUCUCUUAUCUUUUAACUAAAAAAGAUAAAAACCGGCUCUUAAAUAAUCAUGCUCUAAUGGUUCGAUACAUUCACAUUCUUAUGUUUAAUCUUUUAUUCUUCUUUUCCCACUUGUUAAUUCCGUGCAAGUGGUAUGUAAAAACGUAAAAGCUUGAUCGUCCUUUUACUCAAUUUUCGACUUACCUAAUUUAGAAACAAAAGGUUAAAAUUGAGGAUAUGUGAUAUUAUGAAAACAUAUUAAAUAUGAAUGUCUUUUUAGGUUUGGUUGAGAGAGAAGCCAUCUUGUUGAUUACAUCUAAACCUUCUAACUUACCAGUGUUCUCAUUGUCCAAUGAAACUUUUUUCUCUUCAUUCUGGUCCCCCACGAAUUUUUCACUCUGAAGUAAUCAAUUCCCUUGCUUGAUCCGUACGCAACCGCGGCUACACCGUGAUC